UAGAUCCCACGCUCUCCAAGUCCCGUCCUCUCCUUCCUUAUUCAAUGCCAUCCAGGCUGUUUCAGAUCUGAUCUGAGCGAACCGCAAAUACACACACACACUCACGCACAGACCCACUCUCUAGGAACUACUCCGGCCGGCAAUGGUGGAGGCACAGACAUGGACAACUCGGCGAAUGAGCAACCCGAGACUGGACGACCAAGUGGUGGACAUCCCUUCGACCCCACCGGCGGACGCGCGGAACAACAAUAACAACAACGGCGUUAACAGCUCCUGCUGCUCCUCGUACCUGAGCCUCUCGCCCCACGUGUUCACUGCGGUGAUCAUCGGAGCCUGGUACCUCUCCAACAUCGGCGUCCUUUUGCUGAACAAGUAUCUCCUCAGCUUCUACGGUUUUCGCUUCCCCAUCUUCCUCACCAUGCUCCACAUGCUCGCCUGCGCAGUCUACAGCUACAUUUCCAUCAACUUCCUUGAGCUCGUGCCGCUCCAACACAUCCACUCCAAGCGCCAGUUCCUCAAGAUCCUCGCGCUCAGCGUUAUUUUCUGCUUCUCCGUCGUCUGCGGAAACACCUCGCUGCGCUACCUCCCCGUGUCGUUCAACCAGGCCAUCGGCGCCACCACGCCGUUCUUCACUGCCAUUUUUGCGUUCCUCAUCAUCUGUAGAAAAGAGUCCGGCGAGGUCUACCUUGCUCUGCUACCCGUCGUUUUUGGGAUCGUCCUGGCCAGCAACAGCGAGCCCUUGUUCCACCUCUUCGGCUUCCUGGUCUGCGUCGGCUCCACCGCCGGACGGGCCUUGAAGUCUGUCGUCCAGGGGAUUCUGCUCACCUCCGACGCCGAGAAGCUACACUCCAUGAACCUGCUCUUGUACAUGGCUCCCAUGGCCGCGCUUAUUCUCUUGCCCUUCACGCUCUACAUCGAAGGCAAUGUAGCGGCGGUGACGGCCGAGAAGGCCAGGGGAGACCCGUAUAUAGCGUUCUUGUUGAUUGGAAAUGCCACGGUGGCGUAUUUGGUGAACCUGACGAACUUCCUGGUGACCAAGCACACGAGCGCGCUGACCCUUCAGGUGUUGGGCAACGCCAAGGCGGCGGUUGCGGCGGUGGUGUCCGUUUUGAUAUUCAGGAAUCCCGUGACGGUAAUGGGGAUCACGGGGUUCGCCGUUACAAUCAUGGGUGUGGUGCUUUACAGCGAGGCCAAGAAACGGUCCAAGGUUACCACUCAUUAACAGUGAAAGAAAAUUCCAAGAUUUGAUUUUUCUUCGGUGCGGAUUAUUUUGUUUAUCUUUGAUUUUUAUUGGGUAUUUUCGAAUGGAAGGAAAUGGGGAAUUUGGAUCAAAAGUGAGAUGUGGAAUUGUAUAGGAUGGUGUAUUGGUGUCUCUAUUUUUUGAGGGUAGGUUAAGAGAAUGGCAAGAAAUUCUCUGUUUUUCACUUUCCCGUGUGUAACCUUAUAUAAAUGUUCUUGAUCGAUAAUCUUGAACACACACAAAACUGAUUCAUAAUCAAUCUUAGUGUAAUUUUUUGUGGGGGGAAAAGUCUCCGCCACUUAUUUGGUUUAAAGACAAUCUUUGCUGAUAUAA